GGGGAGAGCGGCUGAGGCACGCGUGGCCUGGGGAGAGCGGCUGAGGCCCGUUUGGCCUGUGGCGAGCGGGUGGGGUGAGGGCUGCUGAGCGCCGCCCGGCGCCGGGGCUGUGAGGGGGUGACCCAGUGGUGUACCCGCAGGUUGUCUCGUCCCUUCCCGAGCUGCGUGUGGUAAAACGCUAAACGCGGAUUCCAUGUCUUUCCUUGUAAGUAAACCCGAGCGGAUUAGGCGGUGGGUGUCUGAAAAGUUCAUUGUUGAGGGCUUAAGAGACUUUGAACUGUUUGGAGAGCAGCCUCCGGGUGACGCUCGGAGAAAAACAAAUGAAGCGAGCUCCGAGUCGAUAGCUUCUUCCCCUAAAAGGGACACCAUGAGCAACUUCCUACCAGAUAGCAGCUGUUAUGAGCUGCUCACUAUCAUAGGCAGAGGCUUUGAAGAUUUAAUGGUGGUGAACCUGGCCAGGUAUAAACCCACAGGAGAGUAUGUCACAGUCAGAAGAGUGAACCUGGAGGCUUGCACCAAUGAAAUGGUCACGUUCUUGCAGGGGGAACUCCACGUUUCCAAACUCUUCAACCACCCUAACAUCGUGCCAUACAAAGCAACUUUCAUAGCUGACAACGAGCUGUGGGUGGUGACAUCUUUCAUGGCCUACGGUUCUGCAAAAGAUUUAAUCUGUACCCAUUUCAUGGAUGGAAUGAGUGAACUGGCCAUUGCAUAUAUCCUCCAAGGUGUACUCAAAGCACUGGACUACAUCCACCAUAUGGGCUAUGUACAUAGGAGUGUUAAGGCCAGCCACAUCCUGAUCUCUGUGGAUGGCAAAGUGUACCUCUCCGGCCUGCGAAGCAACCUCAGCAUGAUCAACCACGGGCAGCGGCUCAAAGUUGUUCAUGACUUUCCCAAAUACAGCAUCAAAGUCCUGCCUUGGCUCAGUCCUGAAGUCUUGCAGCAGAAUCUGCAAGGUUAUGAUGCAAAAUCUGACAUCUACAGCGUGGGGAUAACAGCCUGUGAGCUGGCAAAUGGACAUGUACCAUUUAAAGACAUGGCUUCUACUCAGAUGCUCCUGGAGAAGCUGAAUGGGACUGUUCCCUGUCUUCUGGACACCACCACCAUCCCUGCUGAUGAGCUGAGCAUGAAAACCUCCCGUUCGAGUGCUAAUUAUGGGAUGGCUGAGAGCAUGGCCACUGGCAAUGUGAGAGCAGCCAACGGGGAGCCAAGCCUGCACCCCUACCUUCGGACCUUCUCCACCUACUUCCACAACUUUGUAGAGCAAUGUCUGCAGAGGAACCCUGAUUUCAGGCCGAGCGCAGGCACUCUGCUGAAUCACCCCUUUUUCAAGCAGAUCAAGCGCCGUGCGUCUGAAGCGCUGCCCGAGCUGCUGCGCCCCGUCACUCCCAUCACCAACUUCGAAGGGACACGGCCUCAGGAUCCCAGUGGCAUUUUUGGGCUGGUGUCAAACCUGGAGCAGCUAGAUGUGGAUGACUGGGAAUUCUAGAGAGGGGAUGAAAAAAACAACCCCACCAGAGACUUAUUACCUGGUUGUGGACAUUGUAAUUUAUUGGUCCUGUUCAUCAAAGAUGACGAAUGUUACACGUAGAAGAGUUUACAGGUCCUUGGGAAGGAACUUUGCAACUGCCUGUUUACUUCAAUAGCCUGAAAACAAAAAAGGACAGACCUGAACUGGGAAAGGAACAACCCCAAAGGACUGUGGCAUAUCCCAGGAGCACCUACUUCAUGCAGCUGAGCACAGGUACAUCACUGAGAUGGGUUUGAGUCUGUUUUAGCUCUUAUUUAUGUUGUUCUAAAAAACAAAUCACUGGCUUCCUCCUCUCACAGUUGAAUGUUGCAUCAUCCUCCCCUCUUUGGUUCUUUCUCUUUUAAGGGUGCCUUAGAGUGAAGGGGAGGGAGAGGCAGCACUUAAUUUUGGGCAUUCUCUUCAAGCUACUCCAGUUACUGUUACAGUGUUGGCACAGGGCAAGUUCUGAGGAUGGGAAAAAAAGGGAAGAUGAUGUUCUUGUCAGUGCUUUGUGAUGGAAAAGGGGAGAUGAAAGCCCAUUCCCUUCCAGGCACACUUGCUGCAUUGGGCAUUGCUCUUUACCACUGGGCUGCUUCUCUUCCAGUGCUAGAGAGAGCUUUUGAAGACUCCUGAGUCAGACAGGGCACUGCAGCCCUUUUUCCCUCCCCCCCUUCUCCCAUGAACUGGGCUGGUUUCACAGCCCCUGACACUCACCAGCUUGUUCACAGUGACUUACCCUGGCCCUGAGGAUAAACCAAGCUGACUUUGAUGUGAAGUCCCCUCGCUCACAACUCCCUUGACCAUCCUGUACAGAAUUAUCUCCCCUUUGCUGUUCAGCUUUCCCCCACGACCCAGCUAAAAGCUUCUUCCUCUUGAGUGGUGGCUGUGACCAUCCUGCUGCUGCAGCAGCUCUUCCAUGGUUGUCUGGCUUUUGGAGGUGGAUUUAGGCCUUUUAGUUUAACCCUUUCCAAGGACUGGGGUGCUUGAUGUCUUUCUGCUCUUUUAGUGAAGCACUGAGAAUCCAAUCCUGGGGGUGUGAGUGAUGGCAACAGUGGUGCUGCCAGCAGGUCCUUGUGUUUGUAAACUGUACUUGAAGCCCCAGUUUGUUAUUCCAGGGUUGGGUUUGGGGAUUUUUUUUUUUGCCAAAACAAAUAAACUCUUUCUGAAGUUG